AUGAUGUGUCCGAGCCAGAACGAGCGGCUUCUGACGAGGUACAUAGACGACUGGGAAGGGCCUCUGAUCCGGCGGCUGCAAAACACCAGCGACGAGGCAAUUUCUCGAGCAGAAUCGACGUCGUGGAGUGUUCUGCUGAAGGACAGGGUCCACGUCUUCUCGGCUUACCUGGCGAACGCUACCAUUUGGGGCAUCCACGUCGUCGGCCUCGUGCGAAGAGACGUCAAGCUGGGCAACUCGUCCUCCUCGCCUACAGGCGCGAUCGAAUGCCUCGUUCGCACCGCCGACGGACAGUCGCUACGAAGGCGCGUGCUCGUGAAAGAAAUGUCGGAAGAGUUCCCCCCCGUGUUCCUCAGGACUCACCUGAUCUGCCCUCUGCAAGACGUUGCUGAACUUCCGGAGCACGCGUCUAUAACUCUCAGAGCCGUUGGGACACCCGAGACUGAACAAGUGCAGCUGCCGGUGCAGAAGCCACCUGCAGCAGCGGCCACCAAAUGCUGCUCCGUGUGCGUGCGACCCGUUCACGGACGAACGGUCAGGCUGUGGGAGGUCGUCGAGUUUGUGACUCACUACAGGAUGAUCGGCGCCGAGUCGUUCUUCUUCUACGACUUGAAUAUGAGUCAAUCCAUGCUGCGGCUGGUGGGGCGACUGCAAGCCGAAGGCUGGGACGUCACACUGGUGCCCUUCAAGUUGACUAUCCCGUACAACGACUCGAACGUCGGCUGGGGCCAGGCCGCGAUGCUGUCGGACUGCGCGUUCCGGUCCCGCUUUAAGACGGAGUACUUCGUGAACGUCGACUUUGACGAACUCGUAGUCCCAAGCGGCAAGUACGGCGGCAACCUGUCGGCCUUAAUCGAGAAUGUCGAAAGCAGGCGGGGCGCGGGCAAAGUGGGCAGCCUCGUUCUGAGGAACCGCGUCUUUUGCUACGAGCACCAAUUGAACCACGACUACGUUCGGCAAGGUGUGCUGCCGCUGCGAUCCAGGAUCCUGAACGCUCAUUCGGGUGUACUCAAUCACAACUUUACGCUCAAGUACAUCGCUCGCGCUCGAGCUGUUUGCUCUGCGGCGAUACAUAGGAUCACCGAGUUCUGUCGCGCGUCCGAAGAAGCGGUCUACGUGGACAGCAACGAGUUAGUGAUCAACCACUACCGCCGGUGCUGCGAUUACGGGGUAGGAAAGGAAAAAAGCUGGGGAGUUGAUCAUCGACAUCCCGGCUACCUCUACGUCGACGACAGCGCCAAAGCAUUGGGCAGUACCUUCGACGGCUUACUACCAUCGAUAGCGAGCACUUGGCUGCGACACGAGUUCGAAGUCAAGGAGGUUUCAGAGGCUGAGAUAAUAAAUACCGAAGAGUAG